AUGUAUCUCUAUCUUGGAGGUCAUGGUGAAGAUCAAUCCGACAUGUCUCACUCCCAUAUUCCAGCAUCAGGCGGUUGGAAUUUUGGCGGUAACGGAGGAAUUGAUUACAACGAUGAUGAAGGUAUUUAUUAUCCCUUAGAAAACGGUGCUGGUGGAGGAGGUGCAGUUGAUCUUCGUCUUGAAUAUUAUGAUAUUAAUAAAGAUGAUAUCAACCAAGAUGAAAAUGAACAAAAUCUUUUAAACAAAUCUCUUGAGAGUCGUAUAAUCGUCGCCGGAUCAGGAGGUGGUGGUUGCUCAGCAAAUGAUCAAACAUGGGGAUAUGCCAAAGGAUAUCCAGGCGGAAAUACCUCUGCUAUUUCAAAUGGACCUUAUGUUUUUGGUGGAAGCCAAAUACAAGGAUUUUUUGGAAUUGGAAUGAGCGGAAUUUCUGGCUACGAAAAUCAAGCAGGUUCAGGUGGGUGUGGAAGUGGAUAUCGUGGAGGAUAUAUCAAUUUUCCUUCAACUACACAGGAUGGAUUUUACCAUAUUGGCGGAUCUGGAGGAAGUUCAUAUAUAAGUGGUCAUUUUGGAUGCAUCAGUCCAUAUUUUAAGAACGAUUCAGAACCAACACCACUUAAUUCAUUCCAUGAAUCAGGGUUGUUCUUUACAAAUACCAUCAUGAAGAGUGGUAAUGAAGAAAUGCCAAGUCCAUACAAUUCCAGUGUUAUCAGAGGUCAUAUUGGCCAUGGCAUCUGCCGUAUUACUAUUCUUCGUCCAACAUUUUGUCCCUCGAAUACAUUUUGUUUUUCUAUUCCUCUUUCCAUUUUAUUUGUAUCACUCGGUUUUUCAAUAAAAUAA